GCCAAACGAGAAAACAGUAAACCAAAGGCAUGGAGGAGAUGAUGGGAACGUGGGCCAAAAGAAGAGAAGAACAAGAAGUACAGGAGGAACAAGUGUUGAAACUUCCAGGGUUUAGGUUUCAUCCUACCGACGAGGAGCUUGUAGGGUUUUAUCUCUCUAAAAAAGUACUACUCAAGAAAUCCAGCAAGAUAGAUGAGAUCAUUAGUCAAAUCGAUAUCUACCAAUUCGAUCCAUGGGAUCUUCCUCGCUCGAGGCAUACGGAGAAGGAGAGCUACUUCUUCUGCAAGAGAGGAAGGAAGUACAGAAACAGCAUAAGACCAAACCGAGUGACUGGUUCCGGUUUCUGGAAAGCCACGGGGAUAGACAAACCUAUCUAUCCCGAUGGAACCAGCAAUGCCGUGAUCGGUCUAAAGAAGACUCUCGUUUAUUACCUCGGAAGCGCCGGGAAAGGAAGCAAGACUGACUGGAUGAUGCACGAGUUUCGUCUCCCCACGGCGAAUGACACUAUCCCUGGUGGCUCCACUCACCGUAGCCCUACGUCUCCGUCUUCCUUGCUACAUGCUGAAGUGUGGACUUUGUGCCGGAUAUUCAAGAGGAAUGUGUCUGGUAAAAAAUACAUUCCGGACUGGAAAGAAUUAGCAAGUGGGAAACGCGUGAAGCCGCAACAAUCUAAAUAUCAAGAAGCAGUUUAUAUCGGUUUUGGUGACAAUGAGAGUAGAACCAACAAAAUUAAUGUCAUGGAAAGCAAAGAGAAUAAUGAGAAGAAUGUUUUCCAGCUUCACCAAACGCCUCAUCAACACCAGCCCAUUCCCAUGGAGUACACUAGUAGUACAAAAGUGGAUAACACAGUUCCACAUUUCUCAAACGAUAACAUGGACGAUACAAACUACGUUAACUGGGACGAGCUUCAGUCGGUUGUGGAUUUUGCUUUUGGCCCUUCUAAUAGAUGUCCUCAUAUAAAUUGAUUAAUUAACUACUACUAUACAUUAAUUAUAUAGUACUUGGACCUUUGUUGCGAGGGAAAUACUGACAAUUAUAUAUGUACGAUGUGUAUGGA